GGAAGUGCCGCUCCCUGGUGGGGGCUGUUCAUGGCGGUUCCGGGGUCUCCAACAUUUUUCCCGGUUGUGGUCCCAAAUCCAUCCGAAGCGGAGGCAGCGGAGCUCAAGGUUCUUGCUGGUGUGAAAUGACUGAGUACAAACUGGUGGUGGUUGGAGCAGGUGGUGUUGGGAAAAGCGCACUGACAAUCCAGCUAAUCCAGAACCACUUUGUAGAUGAAUAUGAUCCCACCAUAGAGGAUUCUUACCGAAAACAGGUGGUUAUAGAUGGUGAAACCUGUCUGUUGGACAUACUGGAUACAGCUGGACAAGAGGAGUACAGUGCCAUGAGAGACCAAUACAUGAGGACAGGCGAAGGCUUCCUCUGUGUAUUUGCCAUCAAUAAUAGCAAGUCAUUUGCAGAUAUUAACCUCUACAGGGAGCAGAUUAAACGAGUAAAGGAUUCAGAUGAUGUACCUAUGGUGCUGGUAGGAAACAAGUGUGAUUUGCCAACAAGGACAGUUGACACAAAACAAGCCCACGAGCUGGCCAAGAGUUACGGGAUUCCAUUUAUUGAAACCUCAGCCAAGACCAGACAGGGUGUCGAAGAUGCCUUUUACACACUGGUAAGAGAAAUACGCCAGUACCGAAUGAAAAAACUCAACAGCAGUGAUGAUGGGACUCAAGGUUGUAUGGGGUUGCCAUGUGUGGUGAUGUAACAAGAUACUUUUAAAGUUCUGUCAUCAGAAAAGAGCCACUUUCAAGCUGCACUGACACCCUGGUCCUGACUUCCCUGGAGGAGAAGUAUUCCUGUUGCUAUCUUCAGUCUUACAAAGAAGCUCCUGCUACUUCCCCAACUCUCAGUAGAUCAGUACAAUAUUCUCUAGUUGAGAAGUUCUCAGAAUAACUACCUCCUCACUUGGUUGUCUGACCAGAGAAACGCACCUCUUGUUACUCCCUGGUAUUUUUCUGCCCUUGGUUCUCCCCGGCACACACAAAUACACCUCCACCACCCCAGGUUUUUCAUCUGAAAAGCAAUUUGUGCUCUGAAACAGAGAACCAAACUAUAGACAUGAAAUUCUGUUGAAAACAGUGUCUUGAGCUCUAAAGUAGCAACUGCUGGUGAUUUUUUUCUUUUUACUGUUGAACUUAGAACUAUGUUAGUUUUUGGAGAAAUGUCAUAAAUUACUGUUUUGCCAAGAAUAUAGUUAAUCUUGCUGUUUGAUUUGUUUGUAAUGUUAUCAGCUAUAUUCUAUAAAUUGGCAUCUGCUCUGUAUUCAUAAAUACAAAGGUGAAUACUGACUUUUGAGUCCAUCCUAGUCUUCUCAACUUUAAUUAAAUCCAACUUUCACAAUGAAGUGCCUUUUUCCUAGAAGUGGUUUGUAGACUUCCUUUACAAUACUUCAGUGGAACAGAUGUCUCAAAAAUAAUUAUGCAUGAAAAUGAAUGUCUGAGAUAUGCCUAUGACUUAUCUACCUUUGAGGAAAAGUCAUGAACUCAAGCUGGCAGCUACAACCAAGAACCAAAAAAUGGUGCAUUCUGCUUCUUGUGAUUCAUCUCUGCUAAUAAAUUAUAAGAAGCAAGGAUAAUUAAUUAGGGAAAAUAUUUUAUUUGGAUGGUUUCUGUAAACAAGGGACUAUAAUUCUUGUACAUUAUUUUUCAUCUUUGCUGUUUCUUUAAGCAGUCUAAUGUGCCACAAAAUUAUUUUAAGGUGUUUUUUUUCUAUAAGAAUUGUUUUAAAAGUAUUCUCGUUAUCAGAGUGGUUGUUAUUAUGUUUCAAAAUGUAAAAUGAUUUUUAAAAGCCUGAGUACUGACCUAAGAUGCAAUUGUAUGAACUCUACUCUGGAGGGGGGGGGGGUUGCAGUGGAAGUUGUAUGACUUUUAUAUUUCAGUGCCAUCAAAUACAGGUUAAAAUAUCAAUUGUGCAAUUCUGCUGUUUAAAUGGGAACUAUUGGCCUCCUUGGCCCUAAAUGAAAGGGCUGUUAUUUUAAGUUGAUUAUUUUAUUAUAAAUUAAUCAUCCUAAUUUUUAAAAAUUUGGUUGAAUGUUUUUCUUGUUAAAUAAUGUUUAAAAAUAAAAACUGGAAGUUCUUGGCUUAGUCAUAA